AUGGAGCAGGGGCUCUCCGCCAUCAGCCUCUACUGCGCGCCGCCCGCCGCCGCCCGCGCCAUGGAGCCCGAGCAGCAACUUGCAAAUGGAGAAAGAGGCUUUGAGAAUGUGGAGCUGGGUGUCAUAGGAAAGAAGAAAAAAGUUCCACGGAGGGUCAUUCACUUUGCAAGUGGAGAGACAAUGGAAGAAUACAGCACGGAUGAAGAGGAAGAUGAACAAGAGAAAAAAGACCUCUUGCCUCCAGUAGAUCCUACGACGCUUACGUGGGGACCUUACCUGUGGUUUCACAUGCUGAGAGUUGCUACAUCCACCUUAUCAGUUUGUGAUUUCCUUGGGGAGAAGAUCGCCUCUGUUUUAGGGAUAAGCACACCGAAAUACCAGUACGCUAUUGAUGAGUAUUACAGAAUGAAAAAAGAGGAGGAAGAGGAGGAGCAGGAAAACAAAAUGUCAGAGGAAGCAGAGAGACAGCACCAGGAGCAGCAGAGCAGGGCGCAGGCUGAAGCUCCUGUCCAGACAGACCAGCCCGAGGCAACAUCAUGCAGCUCAUUUGUGAAUUUAAACUUUGAAACUGAGGGAGACUGCCARCCUGUGGUGGAAAAUAAGCAGGCUGGUGUUACUGUCCCUCCCUAAGCAUAAAGCUCUGCAUCGUACUGGACAUAGGAUGUGUCAGGUGUCACAAUCUGGCUGUAAGAAGCAGGAAAAAUAGAUUUAUACUCGUUCAGUGAAAUAGAGUUUUCAGCAUUCUUAUUGACCAGGAGAGAGCCAGGAGCUGCGAGCUCGGCCGCCCGCCUCAGAAAGGCAGGGCUGUUCUGCCAAUUGGCACUUCUGUUGAAAACUAAAUAAUUGUACUGCUAAGAUUAGGUCUAAAUUGGAUGGAGCAGCCAAUUGCAGCAUAAGGCAAGUAAAUACAUCUCUGUUUGAAGGGCUGGGCGUAGCUGACACUUGCGAUUGCAGACAGUGCUCUUCUCUGCUCCUAACCCCCUGUUUUUGCCCACUGUUUGCAGCUUGGCUCUCUGUGAAUGGAUUAAUAGGAAUCUUUCCCCUGUAACUCAACAAAUCAUCAUUGUAACUUCCAGAGUCCCCUAUUUAUUGUCACUACUCUAUGCAUGUAUUUUUGUUCUGUUGUUUGUCAUAAGUUUUUAAGGUUAACUAGGCGUGAGGACCCACUGAAAGUCUUUAUUGCUUUAUUUAAAUAAGAGGCUAUAAACUCCCUUAAGAAUUUACUAACUAGUACCAGAGAUUCACAGUGCUCAGCUGUCCCUCCAGGGGUACGACUGAGAGCCCACCAAUCUGAAUGCUUCUUUACAGGCUCUGAAUGGUCUUGGAAAGUCAAUGGAGAUCUACUGAAUUAUCCAAAGUUUACUAGGCCCUCUCUAUGAUACCAGCCUGUAACUGUGGAAAGGUGGGAUUUGCCUAAAAUCACCCGAGUCUACACACUUGCUUCUCGCUUAUUUAAUGUUGGAUGCAGGUAGGGCAUAUGCUAGUGCAGCUGCAUUUGCCCUGUAGUGCAGACUACAUUUUAAUAACUGCAAAUSACAAAACUAAAGACUUUUUUUUUKAAAAAGGCCUUACCUUAAUAUUGGAAAGAUACUAGAUUUUCUUUUUGGAGAAGCAGAGUACAGGUACUUCCAGAUCUCUUAGCCCCAAAUACAGAUUAAAAAGAUUUUACUGCAGUAACUUUUAUCCUACUUGUAGCCUGUAUAAGGUAAAUGAUUUAGUUUUAAGAUGAUCAGUUUUCAGUGUUCCAGGCACAGGGAAGUAAAUAACUUGUCCCAUUCACUUUCAGUGCAGAAGACUUGCAGAUAAAUAAGCAAAAAACUAAUGACCGUGUGAAUCAUUAAGUCUAAAAUUUUAAAUUAGCAAGCUUAAAACUCAAGCUCUGGUGAAGUCUCACGCUGGGUAUCCUUGUAUGUCCACGGCCCUGGGCCCUUGUGAGGAGGGGCUGCUCGGCUCUUCCGUCCUUGCCCCUUUCCCAGGGC